AUGUAUGUGUCUGUUAAUAUUGUAGCCUUUGGAAAUGAAAGAGAUGGAUUUUCUGAAGACAAUCAGCAGUCAAAUCUGAUCUGGAGCUAUCUAGGGAGAAGUGCUCUCAUUUCAGAGACUGAAAGCAGUUUAUUGCUGAAUUCUGCCAAUCACAUUAGAAAUCCAGUUCUUACUGAAUAUCAAGCCUGUGUAUUUGGAAAUGUCAGAUUGGUGGUACAUGACUGUCCAUUUUGGGAUAUAUUUGACAGUGACUGGUAUACUUCUCGCAGUCUCAUUGGAGGAGCUGAUAUUAUUGUGAUUAAAUACUCUGUCAAUGACAAGACUUCAUUUCAAGAAUUAAAAGACAGUUAUGUCCCAAUGAUAAAAAAAGCACUAAACCACUGUUCAGUUCCCGUAAUAAUUUCUGCUAUUGGUGCAAGAAAAAAUGAAGUGCCUUGUACAUGCCCACUGUGCACUUCAGACAGAAGGAACUGUGUUACUACUUCUGAAGGAAUUCAGCUUGCUAAAGAAUUAGGAGCUACAUAUCUUGAACUGCAUACUCUUAAUGACUUCUAUAUACAAAAAUAUUUUGGAGGCGUGCUGGAAUAUUUUGUGAUCCAAAGUUUGAAUCAAAAGUCAUCUGAAAAAAUGAAGAAAAGAAAAAAGAACCAGAAGUGCCAUCGAAUUAAACCACCUCAGCUUGAACAACCAGAAAAAAUGCCAAUCUUAAGAGGUGAAGCCUCGCAUUAUGACUCUGAUUUACACAACUUGCUGUUCUGCUGCCAGUGUGUGGAUGUGAUAUUUUACUCAGAAGACUUAAAGAAAGUAGUAGAAGCUCACAAGAUCAUUUUGUGCUCUGUAAGCCAUGUCUUCAUGUUACUUUUCAAUGUGAAGAGUCCAGCUGAUAUUCACGAUUCUGCUAUCAUACGGACUGCACAGAGUCUCUUUGCAGUGAACAAUGAGGCUGUGUUUUCAGUUCCUAGCAGUGGCUCAUCAUGCAACCCUCCAGUAAGAGUCAUUGUUAAAGACUCCGUCUUCUGUUCUUGUUUGUCAGAUAUUCUACACUUCAUUUAUUCAGGUGCUUUCCAAUGGGAACAGUUAGAGGAAGAUAUAAAAAAGAAGCUAAAAGAUCCUGAAAAAACUGAACAUGUUCUUGAGAAAGUUAAAUGUAUCCUGAAAACUCCGGGGAAGCUCAACAAUUUAAAGGACUGCAGAUCUCAUCAAAUAAAACGGUUGUGUAAUACUUCUCUCAGGCUUUUCUUUAAUACACCUAUGCUAGCUGAUGUCAUCUUCAAAAUACAAGGUGCAACUGUACCAGCCCACAGAGCAGUUCUGGUAGCUCGCUGUGAGGUAAUGGCAGCUAUGUUUAAUGGUAACUAUCUAGAAGCAAAUAAUAUUCUGGUUCCAGUGUAUGGGGUUUCCAAAGACACUUUCCUCUCCUUUCUAGAAUAUCUCUAUACCGACUCCUGUUGUCCAGCUAGUAUUCUCCAAGCUAUGUCUCUCUUGAUUUGUGCUGAGAUGUACCAAGUAACAAGACUCCAACAUAUUUGUGAGCUUUAUAUUAUCACCCAGCUUCAGAGUAUGCCUAGCAGAGAAUUGGCAUCUACAAGACUCAGUAUUGUUAGCUUGCUUAGAAAAGCUAAGUUUCACAAUUCUGAUUGCCUGUCAACUUGGCUUCUUCAUUUUAUUGCCACUAACUACCUCAUCUUCAGUCAAAAGCCAGAAUUCCAAGAUCUUUCAGUGGACGAGCGCAAUUUUGUAGAGAUGCACAGAUGGCCCUCUGAUAUGUACCUGAAGCAGCUUGCUGUUUACAGGAAUUAUAUCCAUUCUCAGAAAUGCUAUUGCACAGUAAUGUAAGAAGACUGAACAUACUCAAAGUAUAUCUCAACUGGGAAAUUUCAGAUUGAGAAUUAUCUAAAAUACAAAAAUCACAUCAAGAGCAAAAAUAAAUA